AUGGAUGACCUAAACAGUUAUCGCAUUGUUAUGGACGUAUUUAACAAAGCUAAAAGUGGAGAUAAAGGGAGAUUACAGAGCAGUGAUAUUAACCGUAUAAACAUGGACAGGGUUUCAGCGCUGAUGAUGUCUGUUAUUGAAAAUAAUAUCCUGGCUUUAAAAACUUUGAUAUCUGCAGGCGCUGAUGUAAACGUGACAAGUUACUAUUCUAGAGAUACCACAGCACUAACCAUAGCGGUAGAAAGACGAAGAGUUGAGUGUGUAAAGGAACUUAUUAGAGCUGGAGCUUCCUUUACGUGUAAGCAAGGAUUUGAGGCUUUAAUGAUGGCGAGGGAUAACAACUUCUUGGAUGCUGUUGUGGAAGGGGAGAAAGUAUCUUUUAAUCAACAUGCAUUAACUACAGCUUAUAAAAAUGAACACUUUGAUUUAAUUGUCGAUUUAAUAAACUGUGGCAUUACAAAUAAAAUAUCAUCAUUAAGAUUUGAAGACGUUGCUAGAGAUGAUGUAUUUAACGCAAUAAUGAACUCACCUAACAUUAAUAUUAAUGAACGCUAUUGGGAGGGACAAACUAUGUUAAUGAAAGCUGUUCAAACGAAUAAAAUGCAUAUUGUACAAUUUCUCUUUCAAAAAGGAGUUAACAUUCAUGAAGUAGACGGAAAAGGAAAUACAGCUCUUCAUUUUGCCUACGGUGGAAAGUCUGAAAUUAUUUCGUUACUUCUGGCAGCUGGAGCUGAAGUUGAUGUCAAAAACUCAGAACAUCAAACACCACUUCAUGUUGCAGCUAAUGCAUCAGACACAGAAAUGAUAAAUCUUCUCAUAGAGGCAAAAGCAGAUAUAAACUGUUUAGAUAAACGUUGGCAAACACCGCUUGCAAUUUGUGUUGAAAACUCAGAUUUAAACACGGCAACAUGUUUACUACGACAUGGGGCAGAGGUCAAUACAGUUAAUAACCAUGGGUUUACUCCCCUUAUUCGGGCCGUUACAAAACAAGACGAGCAGCUCGUAGAACUCCUAAUUGUUCACAAAGCAGAUGUGAACUUUACAGAUCACAAACAAACCACAGCGUUAAUUUAUGCUUUAAUGAACGUUAACAAACAUAUUGUGUCAAAACUGAUUCAGGCUGGUGCUGAUGUUAACAUAAAGACUGCACAGUUUUAUCGAAGUGCAAAUGGCAUUAAUUAUGAUCUCUGGAAAGAGGCGAAAAAGACUUUGUUGGAUUCCUCUAGUCAUAACCUCACACCUUUACAUAUAGCAGCACAAACGUUUCUUCGACACCCAGCACAGAAAUCAGUUGAGUUAGUCAAUAUACUGUUAGAAGGAGGGGCAAAUGCCCUCGCAGUUGAUGAGGAUGAUAGAACUCCUUUACACAUCGCAGCAAUCUUUGGUGAUUUGGGCAUCAUAAAAUCUUUAUGCCAAUCUGUAUCAAAUAUAAACGCCGUGGAUAAGUUUGGAAACACCCCACUUUUCCUGUCAUUACUUUACAAUCAUCAAGAGCCAUUAAAAUAUUUGAUGGAGUCCGGGGCGGAUGUAAACUUGAUGAGUGAAUCUCAAUGCUCGCCUUUAUAUGUUGCUGUGUUUUGCAAAAAUACUGAGCUUGUUCGAAUUCUGCUUAAACAUGGCGCUCUUGCAGAUAAAGGCAGACAUUCUGAGCUAUUGAAGGCUCUAGAACAUAACGAUGUAAAUAUGUCAACACUUUUAGUGAAAAAUGGUGCUAACACCAACGUCAAAGAUAAUAAUCAGAUACCUGCAUUGAUAAUAGUUCUAAAACGUUUGGAUGUGGACAUAGCGUCCAAACCACGUAUCCGAACUGUCCAGAUAGAUCAGAUUUUUAAUUCAUACAAACGUAAACGUCCACGUCGUGGUCAACCAUCAAGGCCCCCGAAAGUAUUUGUUCCCGAUAAAGAACUCAUAACAACAAAAACUCUAAUUGAGUCCAUGCUCCAGCACGGUGCCAACGUUUCUUUAGCAGACAUUGAAGGCAACACUUGUCUGCAUGAAGCUGCUCGAUAUUGCAGUAAAAAGAUUUUAAAGUUACUGCUACAACACAAGGCGGAAGUAAAUCAACAGAAUGUAAAUGGUGAAACGCCACUAAUGAUAGCUUGUGUGAGCGGCAAUGUUGAGGCUGCCGAGGUCUUACUUAAAGCAGGAGCUAACGUGUUUCUGGUUGACAAAAAUAAAAACACAGCAUUACACCAUUGUGUACAGUAUGGAAUUGAAUUUCCUCUUUUGGUUGAAAAGCUCGUAUUACAUAGUAACCAAAACAAUGUUGAAUUCAGGCAAGAAAAUACAAUUGUAAAUGAGGUCAACCUAAUUGCUAAUGCAUAUGGAAAAUAUUUGCACAAAAUUGAAACAAAUUCUAAUUGUCAAUUUUUUAUCAAUAUGACUAAUUCUAACAAAGAAAGCGCAAUUUACAUAGCUUGCUCAUUAGGGCAUGGCGAAACGGUAACGUUAUUGAUAAGUAACAAAUGCAAUCUAGACUGUGCUACCAGUACGGGAAAAACACCUCUGAUGAUUGCAUCUCAACGUGGGUUUCCAAUAAUUGUACAAAGUCUGAUAAAAAACAACGCAGAUAUAAACAUACGAGACAAAAAUGGUGAAACUGCACUACAUGCUGCAGUGAAAAGUAGUAAUCUGCACAUCGCAUCAUUCUUAGUAGAAAACGGAGCGAAUGUUAACGAACAAAACAAUGCCGGACAAACGCCACUUUUCUAUGCGGAAAGUUAUGAAGAUAUUAAAUGUAUUAUUAAAUGCGGAGCUGAAAUAAACAUCAAAGACAGAACAGGGGAAACGGCUUUGCACUGCAGAUCUAAAUUGUAUAAUUAUUCAAUUAUUUAUGCAUUACUACAACUAGGGGCGAAUCCAGAUAUCACUACAGAUGAAGGCAUCACGGCCUUAAUGAUCGCUGUAAAUGUGGGCUACAGCUUUAUUGUGAAAACUUUAGUGGAUAACGGAGCUAAUGUUAAUAUACAAGAUUGUAAGGGAAGAAACGCUUGCAUGCAUUCUGUAAUGGGUGUUAAAAACAAAGAAGACUCAUACCUUGGAAUAAACAAAUAUUUCAAUAAUAAUCAAGGUCAUUACAUUAGAAAUGAACGUGUAAUUAGAAAGGCGGAUGGUCUGUUUGAAACUAUUAAUGUACUGGUUACUGCUGGUGCCAAUUUAAACACUUUGGAUAAUGAAAAUCGAUCGUUAAUUGUGUAUACUUUACUAAAUGUUAAAAAAGACUACCAGGAAGAAUGCAUUCUGAGGCUUUUGAAACUUGGUGUUGAUCCUAUCCUGCAUGAAAAUCACCGGUAUUUAUUAAAUGAAUUUAUUUUGCAAGAUAGCAGAUGUGUGCGCACUGUUCUGAACGAUGAUUCAAAAAUUAUCUUUCAAUUUCUCUUAAUAAACGGUAUUACACUGUGUCAUUCAGUGAGCAAUUACACGCGAUGCCCUGAAUCAAAUUUUACCUGCGCUGCUCGGAACAAAAACUUUGAUUUCCUUCGGUUCUUUUUAGCCACGGGCUUUAUCUAUACAUCUGACUUGACGAGUUUGCGUAAGGACAAAUACUUUAAAGACGAUGCUGAUGUUAACUUAAACUCCAAUGACUCACUAUAUGCUCAGCUAGCAUUUGCCAAAAGAGAACCCUGGCCACUGGUCAAACUAGCUUUUAUUGAAGUCUCCACCUUACUUGGGACUGGGCCUAUGAGAGAAGAAAAACUAAAACAGACCAAACUCCCACCAAGAUUACAGCGAACGUUGAUGUUUCAGGAACCAAUAUCAAGAUUACCUGUAGAAGACUGGUCUAAAAUACCUCUUUGUUUUGACCCAGUACAGUACGAGACUUUACCCUGUCCUAGACCUUUACUCUACUACUGGCCUUUUGGACAUAGACUGGUUAUUUGA